GUCAAGAAAAUACCGAGAAUAUUGUUUCAAUUAGACUUCCUCAUCCAAGAACUGGUUUACCUGCGCGUUAUAUCAUUCAAGAAGGAGAAUUACUUGAAGUGCAACGAGUAGAUUGUGGUUCUCGAAAAUCAUGGUUUAUUGAAGAUACGGUUCAUAAAGACGGAAGUUUCUUAUUUUUUACACGAAUUGAUCCGCUGUUUCUAAUGCUACCUAUCUUGGAUGUUUGUCGAAGAAAGAAUUCAGAAUCCCAAGGAUUUUUUCAUACACUAGAAGAUAUGCUGUUUAAUCAAGAUUUUCCUAGCAUGACGCGACUCUCGUCGGUAAACAACAUUUCGACAUAUUUGGAAUGGAUCUGUGAUAGCCAAGAUCUAAAUCAGGAAAAUAAAGUAUAUAGAUUAAAUGAUGAUAAAUUAAUGAAUUGGUUAAAAACAAAGGUCACAAAUAUUUUGUCCAAUUUUGAUGAACACAAAGCUUUAAAACAACUCUCGGAACAAUUAGAUAACAGUACGGUAGACGAUCGACAUAUUCAAGAAGUCAUCAUGGAAUAUUUGCCAAAUUAUUGGACCGAACAAUUGAAGAAAGAGUAUACGUUUGAUGAGCUCGGAAAGUGGUCGAGCCAAGGCAUUGUGUAUAUGACAGAAGUCUCUUCUGUUUAUCGUGAAAAUAGACAACAAAUUGAAAAGGAAAUCAAACAGUCAGUCAAGAAGCGCAAGUUGACGCAUGGACAAUCGUCAUUGGCAAAAGCUAAUAAAACUGGAAUGAAGAAAAUGACAUCUUUCUUUACCAAAGUUUCUGAAAGUCAAUAA